UUCAACCUGAGGCUUUCCACUUCAUGACGAGAAGAAGGGUGCUAGAGUUCGACCACGAGGAUGGCCGGAAACUCGGUGGUGUCGACGUCGUUAAACAUGUCACCUCCUUCCGCCGCCACGUCCAUCCACAUUUGCGGCGGCCGGGAUGUUAUGUGGUUGGCUGUUUGAUGCUCUUGGCGUUUUCUACCAUUUCUUUGUUCGUUAAGUUCAUGUUGCUUAAUUCUUAUGAAGAAAUGAGGGUUAUGAUAGGGCAAAAUGGGGGUCGUGCUACUAGUUUCAUUGUCAUCCCCCGUAAAAAUAUGUACCAAUCAAAUAAUGCUUUGAGCCAAGGAGAGGAUGAUUCUGCUAAAACCAUCCCCCCAAAACUUCAGAUUUCAGAGAUAUGGAAGCAACCAGAAAGUGAAGGCUAUUACAAAUGCAUCAAUGUAACAAAGAGCCAACCAUGGAAUGAUGGUGAAACAAGGGGCUACCUUCUUGCUCGAGCCAAUGGUGGAUUGAAUCAGAUGAAAACUGGGAUUAGUGACCUGGUUGCUAUAGCAAAACUCAUGAAUGCAACUCUUGUUCUUCCUUCUUUGGAUCACAAAUCCUUUUGGACUGACUCGAGUGAUUUUAAAGAUAUAUUCAACUGGCAAAACUUCAUUGAUGUCCUGAAGGAUGAAGUUCAUGUAUUAGAGUCUCUUCCCUCAAACCUUGCAAGUAUCCAGCCCUUUGAAACUGCACCGGUUUCUUGGUCUAAAGUAUUCACAGAACCUUUAUUGAUUCAUUCAUUUUCUCUCCACUCUCUUAAGAAUGUCAUUCUAAGUGUUAAGUAUAUGCAGCCUCGAUAUUAUAGAGUACAUAUGGCAUCCUUGUUGAAGCAACACAAAGUCCUCCACUUAACACACACAGAUUCUCGGUUAGCCAACAAUGGUAUUGCAGAACAGAUACAGAAACUACGGUGUCGGGCAAUGUAUGAAGCUUUAAGGUUCAAUACCGAUAUUGAACAACUUGGAAACAAGUUAGCUGCUAGACUCAGAAGUAACGGCAAACCUUAUUUAGCUCUGCAUCUAAGAUACGAAAAAGACAUGUUGGCGUUCACAGGCUGCAGUCACAACCUUACCGAAGAGGAAGAUGAAGAGCUGAUGGGUCUAAGGUUUCACGUAAGACACUGGAAGGUUAAAGACAUAAAUGGUACCCAGCAAAGACUAUUAGGGGAAUGUCCCAUGACACCAAGAGAGGUUGGUAUCUUUCUUGAGGCAAUGGGGUAUCCUUCUGAUACAAAUAUCUACAUCGUUGCUGGCAAUAUUUACAGCAAGAGCGGGAUUACACCGCUAAAAGAUAAGUAUCCUAAUAUCUUCACACAUUCAUCUCUGGCAACUGAAGAGGAAUUGCAGCCUAUGAAACAAUAUCAGAACCAGUUGGCUGCUUUAGACUACGUUGUAGCAGUAGAGAGUGAUGUUUUCGUUUACACCUAUGAUGGGAACAUGGCUAAAGCUGUCCAAGGUCACAGGAGAUUUGAAGGGUUUCGAAAAACCAUCAGCCCUGACAGGACAAACUUUGUGAAUUUGAUAGACCAAUUGGACAGUGGAGUGUUAAGCUGGGAAGAGUUCUCUUCUAAAGUUAACGAAUUACAUAAAGAGAGAACAGGAUUACCAUAUCCCAGACGCCCAGGGAAAUCUUCAAAACUGGAGGAGAACUUCUACGCUAAUCCUUAUCCUGGUUGCAUCUGCCACAAGUCUGAUGGCAGAACUGAGAAGCACAGCUAGAAGAAGGGAAGCAAGUCUUGA